AAUGCAUUUUUAUAAUCCGGGUCAUUUAAGAGAGAGAGAGAGAGAGAGAGAGAGUAGUGAUUCACAUCGCCCCCAAAAUCGCAUCUCGAUCUCUCUCUGUUUGCACUCUUAUUUCAUUCGACUUUCUGUGGAACUUUCGAGCGCGCCGAGCGAUAAGCCAAUAGCUGGAGUGAAGCAGAGAUGGGGCUGACCUUCACAAAGCUGUUAAGCAGGCUUGCCAAGAAAGAGAUACGCAUUCUUAUGGUAGGUCUUGAUGCUGCUGGUAAGACUACCAUACUUUACAAACUCAAGCUUGGAGAAAUUGUCACGACAAUCCCUACCAUCGGAUUCAACGUUGAGACAGUGGAGUACAAGAAUAUUAGCUUCACAGUUUGGGAUGUUGGUGGUCAGGAUAAGAUCCGUCCAUUGUGGAGGCAUUACUUCCAGAAUACACAGGGACUUAUAUUUGUGGUGGAUAGCAAUGACAGGGAUAGAGUUGUUGAGGCUAGGGAUGAAUUGCAUAGGAUGUUGAAUGAGGAUGAGUUGAGAGAUGCUGUUUUGCUUGUGUUUGCUAACAAACAAGAUCUUCCUAAUGCAAUGAAUGCUGCAGAAAUAACCGACAAGCUUGGUCUUCAUUCUCUCCGACAACGCCACUGGUACAUCCAGAGCACAUGUGCAACCUCUGGAGAAGGGCUUUAUGAAGGGCUGGAUUGGCUUUCUAACAACAUUGCUAGCAAGGCAUAAAGGCUGUCAAGAAUUUUGGGUGCUGCUGGGACUUUUGUUGGUGCAUGGUUAUUAGAUAUCUAGGGUUUUUGUAACAUCUUGGCAAUUCCUAGAGACAAUACUUUCACUUGAAUACUUAAGUGACAUUGUUAUUGUAGCAAGACGAUUGGCUUGAUAUACUUUCUGAAACUAUUGUUUGGUUGUAUCACAGCUACUUUUGGCUAUUACUUUUAUCUGUAAUGAUACUGUUAAUGUCUUGCUAUCUCUUUUAGAUAAUGGGCCACCAUUCUCUCGUA